UGUCAAAACAUUGUUUUGCACGCUACUUUUUAGGUUAUAUUUGUUAUUGUGCUGAAUAAAGAGAUUUAACUUAAUAUGGGAAAACGUAAAACCAAAAAUCAAGAAAAGAAGAAAAAAAUAACUCUAGUGUUCGACGAAAGCCAAAGAAAGGAUUACUUGUGCGGUUUCCGUAAGAGAAAGCUUGAAAGGAAGAAAAAGGCUCAAGAAGAAAUUCAGCGUUUAUUGAAGGAAGAGAAGAAAAGAAUAAAACAAGAGAAUAAAGAGUCCUACAAAAAACUUGUAGUCUCCAGUAGACCCUUACCUGACAUUGAACAGCUACUUAAAGAAGAGUAUGAAGAUGAUGAUGUAAAUGUCAAAAUAGUUGAACUGUCAUCAGACACUUUGCAAAAAAAAGACUUGGUUAUAGGUGAGAACAGACCUCAAGAAAAAAUAGAAAAGAAAUCUAUCAAAAAACCAAAAGUAACUUCAGCGGAAAGUGUUCCUGGCAUGGGUUCAGAUACUGAAAUGGAAUCUGCUGAUGAAGAGGAAAAUGAUGAUAAUGAUAAAGAUGAUAAAAAACCAAAAUCCAAAAAAGAGUUAAAACAUAUGCUGAUGCAGCAAGCAAAGAAGAAGAUGCAGAAGAGCAAAGUAUUCCAAAUGAAGAGCAAGUUGGACAGAGUACAAAAUAAGAAGAAAUCUCACCAAAAGAAGGAACACAUGGCCAGGACAAAGGCCAAAUCGGGCAAACCUGGCAAACCAAGAAAGGAGAAGUCGAAAAAGAAUUUUGGUAGAAGAAAACAUUAAAAAUAAAGUAUUAUAAAAUACUAAUUGUUUAUUUUAAAAGAUACUUGAUUUACAUAAUUAUAUAACAAUCAAAUCAAAAUUAACAAUC